UGCUUGUUUUACAGUCAAGAUCAGUUAAGUUUGGACUCACGUCUUGAGGCACUCUGCCAAUCGUUCAUAAGUAACAAUCUUAAAACAGGCAACUUUGGCUCACUGGUAUCUGUGUUUCUUGAAAGAGCCGCUGAGUUACUUUCUUUGUCUGAUAAAGAAAGCAACCUGCACAUAUGGCAAACAUUCAAUGCCCUGUUUAUAAUACGUUCGUUAGUUAAGUACAUCAUUGAGACUGGGUCCGAGUUUCAGCUUUUGCAACACUUCGAAGCGAUACCUAAUGAAGAGUUAUUGCGGGCAGAAGAAGGCGCAGCGAACACUGGCGCACAUGCUGACUGUACUACAAUCGCUGUUGAGGCCACCGAGGAUGGCGCUGCUGGUAGCGUGCUCGCAAAGGCAGCAGUAAUUGUUGAUGGCGCGAAGUUUGAGUCUUUCAUCGACGCGCUUGUAAAUCUGAUUGUGGUGAUUCCAGUCAAGGAGUUCACAUAUCACUUGCAUUUGGAGGCAGUGAAUACUUUCAUCACUCUUCUCUCCGUACACUUAUUCACCGAGCAACCCACAGAGAAAUUAAUAAUUUUUAGAACUAUAUACAAAUGCCAGCAUGCAAAUGUGCUUGUAUCCGCACUAUUGCAUUAUGUUGCGCGUAUGGUUGAAGUACCACAUACCAUGUUUGGCUCUUCAUCUUCUGGUUCAUUCGUUUUUGGUAUCGCUGAGUCGUUGCUAUCUAUUUUCACCUUCCGCAAACAACAGGAUGUACUGAAAGCAACUGGCGCUACUGGCGCUGAACUUUCGCAACAAUUUCGUGAACACUAUCCACUUGCAAAUCAAAGUCUUCUACUGAUUCUUAUACUAACAAAUCACUGUACCACUAAAGAUAAUCCAUAUCGCGCUAGCUUAUUUGGCUGCGCUGAUUCGAAAGAUUCGCCGAAAGAAGGCGCUACUUUCCAGAUCGACUUCACCUCCGUUUACGAGACUUUAUGUCGUAUUGUGACUAUCGACCAAGCCACAUUGUUGUUAUAUCUCUUGCUACAUCGAA